AUGUCCACAUCACCGCCACAACCUACGUCGACCAAGCGUCCCUUGGAGGAGACUUCCUCACCCUCCCGUGCGACGGGCCAACCUGAUGCCAAGCGACCAGCUCUCGACAAGGUGAUCAAGAACGAUGAGGAGACCGAGGCCAGUGAGUCUACGCUUGAUGCGUUCGACAAGAAUGGAGAUGAAGAUGUCAAUGGCACCAAAUCAGACCUACCAGACACUGCUGGAACCGAUGCUACUAGCGACACGAAAACCAUUGAGCUCUCCGCGACGACAGCUCCGCUAAACGACAAUGCUGCCCAUUCUGCUGCUGCUCAUGACGAGACUUCGUGGAUUCACAUUCGUGCUGUUAUUUCCAGUCCCGAAGCCGCCACAAUCAUUGGCAAAGGGGGGGAGAAUGUUUCCAACAUACGGAAAAUGUCAAACGCCAAAUGCACCGUUAGCGACUACCAGAAGGGUGCUGUCGAACGUAUCUUGACAGUCAGCGGUAUAGUAGAUGCUGUCGCUAAGGCUUUCGGCUUGAUCAUCCGCACAUUGAAUAACGAACCACUGGGCGAAGCUUCCACCGCCUCCUCCAAGACGUAUCCCCUUCGUCUUCUCAUCCCCCACAUUCUCAUUGGCUCCAUCAUCGGCAAGGGUGGUGCUAGAAUUCGCGAAAUACAGGAAGCCUCCGGCGCGCGUCUCAACGCCUCCGACUCGUGCCUCCCCAUGUCGAGCGAACGAUCGCUCGUUGUGAUGGGUGUUGCUGACGCGGUCCACAUUGCCACAUACUAUGUUGGCAGCACUCUUCUUGAGCAGCUUAACGAGCGAUUUGGCGGCCCUGCUGCCUCUGCCUACGCGACUCGUAGCGGAGCCCCAGCUGGUUCCAUCCCUGGAGGCAUGCAGGUGGUGCCGUAUUCCCCGCAGCCAGCGUCUGGUCAUUAUGGGCGUCCAGAGAACUACAGCCGUCACCAAGACCGCCGCGCUCACCAAAUGACGCCUGCCGCGUAUCCCCCUCACUAUCCGCACGGAGCAGCGCCGGCCAACCCGGCCAUGCCCAUCCAGUACGCCGGACAAGCGGGCGCAUACGGAGCUGCCCCUCACGCUCAGCAACAUCUGCCUCCGCAUGUCGGACCCCAGCCUCACGGCGGCUCGCAAGCGCAGCCCAUGCACUCGGGGAUGCCAGGUGGUCCCCUCACCCAGCAGAUUUACAUUCCCAACGAUAUGGUCGGCGCCAUCAUUGGCAAGGGAGGUCAGAAGAUUAACGAAAUUCGACAAAUGAGCGGUAGUGUUAUCAAGAUCAACGAGCCCCAAGACAAUAGCAACGAGCGCUUGGUCACCAUUACUGGCACGGAAGAGUGCAACCGGAUGGCGCUGUACAUGCUUUACUCCAGACUUGAAUCGGAGAAGCACCGAGUGUGA